CGAGUAUAUGCUUUUCUUUCAGUCAAUCCUGGAUGUAAAUAACAGCAUUUACUUUUGUUUUGGUGCGUCCGCAUACGUGCAUUCUGUGCGAUAAUUGUUUAGCAAAUUCAAGAAUACAAUAGAAAAUUGAAAAUGCAAGCAGAAUCAUCUGCGACCUCAUCUUCCGCAAGCCGGCGCUUGGCAUUGACUGAGGUAGAGCGCAUUCUGCUGCAGUGCACGUCCGGCGAUCACACGACCGACGAGCAAAACAGAAACGCCAAUUCAGCGGUCGAGGAAGAGCACGUCGAGCACUUUCGCCAAGGGAAUUAUUUCCCGGUGCUGCGGGAACUGCACCGCGAGCUGAAAAGCGAUGAUCUUAGCGACAUCUCUGCGAGCGAGGUGGCACAGCAAGAAUCGCAUCUACUCUAUGCAGUUUGUUGCUUUCAGCUCUUUCUGCAGGCGAACGUGACCGGCCCGAAACUGUCGGCGGAGGUGCUCAGGUUCCAUGACGAAGAGCUCUGCAAGGACGUUCUGGAGAAGGUGGAAAAUGAAAAUCAAAUAUUGAAGAAGACCACCGCUUUGGACCUGCUUCAAAUCGACGGCGAGGAAGCGCAUGAGUUGACGCUGGUACCGGCGUUCCUUUACCAGAGUCACCGGGUGUUGCGAUCCUUGUGUCGCACGACAGCAGGUGGAUCAUCUGCAACUACGCAGGAUGGUCGUGCACUACUGCAAAGUGCUCCGAUAUGGCACAGCCGUCUUGCCUUCGUAUGGCAACGCACGCUCGCAGAGGCGUCCGAUCGAGGGGAGGGUCAUGUACAAUCAUUGCGACAGACUUCGGUGAAUGAGUUUGGAGCAUGGUUGGCAAGCUACUUCGAGCUGGCCGGGAAGGUCGAUCUCCAUAGCGGCUUCCUCCAGGUCCUAGGUUGCAAAAGCGGAGAUGUCUUUCAAUCAACCAGUUGUGGUGCGUCAGCGCCCGAGCCCGACAAUGGCGAAGUAGACGUUGCAGCGCAAAAUCGCUUAGCCGGUUUGAUGAAUCAGCUGAACCUGAACGAGUCCGACAGGGCAGGUGAGACGAAGACUGCGAAAUCUGUAGUUUGUUCUACGGGUAAGGUAAACUCGUCGUCAAAAACAUUCGGAGCUCCGGUUCUGAGCGUCCAGCAGUACGAGGACGCGAAUGCUGGAAGCAGCCUGAUUGUCGCAAACAAUACCCUCUUUGCACAGCUUGUUGCGGAGUUCUGCGUGCGCAUGGCGUGGUACCAAUGCUCGGUGCAGCAAGCGAACAGUUCUAACAUUGCAAAGAAGUUGGAAGAGUUGCUUCAGAUUGCGGGGAGAGAAUUGCUAGAAGACUUCCAAUUUCGCUUCACCGGCAUCGAGGGCAUCAGGCGCAAGCACCAAACGCACAAAGUGGCACAGUUGGUCGUCGUGACGAAGGGAAACAGAAUGACUACGCAGGGAGAAAGGACCACAGGUGGAGCAAAGCCUGAUGCAGUUGAGAACGUCGCAUUCGCAAAUAAGCAUCCUCAACAGCAGCAGCCACAGAUUCUCGCGCUGGACGAGGUAAAUCCGGAUAACGACAUUCUGGAAACUCCGCAGCUCGCCACUCCGUGUGUGGAGGACAAGGAAGACAACUGGUCCUACGACGCCGCACUAAACUCACCGGUCGAAACGUGUCUCUUGCUUGCGUUCGCGCAUCUGUAUUGGACAGGGGCGACGAGGCAGGACAAGUUGAUGCUAGAGCAGGUCGGCGCGAUCGCUGAGCGGGUCGUGCGGAGCAGCAUUGCCUUCGCGGAGAGCGCCGAGGAGGCACGGGAAUUGGGCGCCGUGGAAAAUCCCAACUGGAUGUGCUCCGCCACCGGACUCUGGUUUCGGUGUAAGCACGAGUACACGCGCGUGCACACGAAGGAGCGGGCGGUGCUACAACUCCAGGAACUGGUCAACUUGUACAAUCAUGGCGAAGAAGUUGAUGGAGCGGAACCAAUGUCGCCUGCGCAAGAAAACCACCAGAAGCAGAAUCACCUCACAGCCGAGGUAACGGAGCGCCUACAGUUUCUGCACGCCACGGGCUACCCCCUUCGGCACGAGCUGCAGCGCGAGUUUGGGUUCAACAUGAUGAAAUGCGGCAUGGCACUGACCGCGUGCGAACACUUCCAGCAGCUAAAGAUGUGGGCAGAGGCGGUGGACUGUCUGAUUGCUGCGGACCGCAGGCGGGACGCCGUGCAGCUGAUUUUGCGACGUUUGUCCGAGUCGCAGUCCAGCCGUACUUUGAAGUGCCGCUUGCUCUGUUGCCUGGGCGACUUGGCCGAGGACGAAAUCGACGACCAGGUGACACAGAGUGUGGUUAGGAUGGGCCAGCAACUCAGCACCGUCGACGAGGAAGACGAGGAGUCCUGCUCUCACGCGCAGGACCACCUGUUGCCGCACCCCGCGGAGCACUACUACCAACAAGCUUGGGAUCUGUCCGAGCAGCACCAUCCGCGCGCGGGUCGCAGUCUCGGGUUUCUGUACUUCCGCAAGUCACUGCGAAUGGGAGGGGACGCAGAGGAUUCAGAGGAAUCGAAGUCUCAGACUGACAUGGACCGCGAUACUCUUUUGGAAAAGGCAGACCGCGCAUUCGCGACAGCCUUGAAGAUCAACCCCUUUCACCCGUCAGCCUGGUUUUCUCUGGGAUGCCUGCGCAUGCGACGUGACGACUUCCAGCAAGCCGCGGUUGCCUUCUUGAAGUCCGCAACGUACCGGCGCGCGAAUGCGUCAAGCGUGGACCCCGUGGCGCAAGGGGAGGACGAGGCAGGAGCGGAGUGCUACGGAAAUUUGGCUGCUUGUUACGCGCGGCUUGGUCAGUACGCGGAUGCGCAGGCCGCGAUCGGAGAAGCCUGCCGACGCAGCAUGUACAAUUACAAAUUGUGGGAGAGCAACCUGAGCAUCUGCCUUCACGUGCGCGAUGUCGUAGGGUGCUGCCGCGCAGUAAAGAAACUGGUCGUGGACCUCAAAAAACUGCCUGACAUGAAGAUCUUGGCUCUGCUCGUUUCCCACGUUCUGGAGGCGAAGAGCGAAGAAGGGGAGCAGAAACAGGUCGACGUCCAUGAUGACCAAGCCAGUCCGUGCUCGACGCAGUCGCCCAAGAGUACUACAGGAGGACCUGGCUGUGACUCACCGGGGACAGAACCAGAAGUUCGGCGCACUACCGCCGAUGAAGACGAAGAACUCGUUUCGGCUGAGGCCGCAGAGAAGCUAGCUCAGAAGAAAAAGGACCAGAGGGAACAGCAGGAAAAACUGGAACAAAGGGAAAAGCGAAUCAAAAGGGAGCGGGAGUCUGUAUUGCGACUGUUGACCGACGUAACCGCGGCCACGGCAAAUGUCGAUGCCAUGGCGUGGAAACUGUUGGGGUUGUUGCAGAUGUUCGAGGGCGAUUUUUCCGCUGCGUACGAAAGCCGAAUGAAGGAAUUUCGCCAACUUAACGCCGGCAUGUGGAGCAACAUGGAGACGCAAAUGGUCACGCUCGUCGGCGAAGAAAAGGUGCAAAAGAACGCGGGUCAAGGAAAUGACGGAGCACCGGAAGUCAAUACCAAGCGCCACACCGCCUUCGGACGGCGGCUCCACAACUUGGUGGAAAAUCUGUGUGGCCUGACGGACUUGGUGCUUAACGUCCUGCAGCACAUGAAAGAAGAGGACACACUGUACGUCGAGAAGCAGAAGGACAAGCGUGCACUGCAUUUCUCGAUCCGCAAUGUGACGAAAAAGGUUUUUAACAAACUGGACGAAGGCAUCAUGGACGCAGAGUGGGCGAAAAUUUUCCAACACACGCACGACACUUUGAAGAACCUUGAAAGCCGCUUGCAGGGUUGAUGGUGUUGACGACCUGCAAGUAGAUACAACUCGCUAUGACACGUGCGGAUGGAAAUUGCAAACGACAUCGCAAUCGCAAAACGUAAACAAAAAAUCAAACAUGUUCACCAGGGGAAGCAAAAAAACGGAAAAACAUGAAUAAUGUUCAGCGCGCUUUUCGUUUCAGUUACAGUUUAUCAUUUAAUAGCUGGAGAAUCAACAUGAACAUCCCAUUGUACUAUCGGUUUCUAC